UUUUUAAACCCUAAAAACUAAUCCGAAGAAACCGCUGUAAGACGGAGUGACAGAACGGAGACGACGGAAAUCCCGAUACAGAAUCCGCCGCCGCGACGCAUUGCACCGCCGGCCGGGAUAUUUCCUAGCCAAUUUGUUAUUGUCCCGAAAACUUCAAUGCCACAGCCAAUCGGAAGCCGUUGAUUGUUAGGAUCUCUAAUUUAUCUCGCUUCUGCGAUGGCGAAAGCAAACGAUGGCGUUGCUAUGGAAAUCGACGAUCAGAAUUCAACCGUCUUCGAUCAGAUCAGCAACCCUAAAUUCUCUAUCAACGUUUUGCAGCUUCUGAAAUCAGCUCAAAUGCAGCACGGGCUGCGGUUCGGUGAUUACACCCGCUACCGGAGGUAUUGCACUGCACGGCUGAGAAGACUGUACAAAUCACUGAAGUUCACUCACGGACGUGGAAAGUAUACUAAAAAAGCCAUCACUGUAUCCACUGUUACUGAAGUCAGGUUUCUCCAUUUGGUUCUUUAUACCGCUGAAAGAGCUUGGAGCCAUGCAAUGGAAAAGAAGACACUGCCUGAUGGUCCAAAUGCCCGUCAGCGGAACUACCUCAUUUGCAGGCUGAGAAAAGCUGUAAAAUGGGCUUCCCUUUUCCAAGAGUUGUGCGCUGUAAAGGGUGAUUCAAGAACAUCUCUGGAAGCAGAGGCAUACGCCUCUUAUAUGAAGGGUUAUUUGUUAUUUGAGCAAGAUAAGCACUGGGAUGUUGCAUUGAAGUGCUUCAAAAGUGCUAGGGCUGUUUAUGAGGAGCUUGGGAAGUAUGGUGACCUAGAAAACCAAGUUCUGUGCCGGGAGCGAGUUGAGGAACUUGAGCCAAGUAUACGGUAUUGCCUGCAUAAGAUAGGGGAGUCAAAUCUACAGGCUUCAGAACUAGUCCACAUAGGAGAAAUGGAAGGGCCUGCUCUUGAUCUGUUCAAAGCGAAAUUGGAGGCUGUCAUGUCAGAGGCUCGAUCGCAGCAGGCUGCAUCAAUGACUGAGUUCCAUUGGCUAGGUCAUAGAUUUCCUAUCUCAAAUGCAAAGACUCGGGUGUCCAUACUUAAAGCCCAGGAAUUGGAGAAAGAUAUCAGUGGUCCAGCAGCGGAUUCAUUUCCUGCAGAGAAGAAACUGCUCAUAUUUGACAAAAUUUUUGCUGCUUACAAUGAGGCUAGGAGCUACAUACGAAAUGACUUGGCUACAGCUGGCAAUUCAGAAAGCAUGAAAGAUGACCUUAGCAGUCUUGACAAAGCUAUCGGUGCAGUCUUAGGGAAGAGAACCAUUGAACGUAAUCAGUUGCUAGUCAGCAUCGCUAAAAGUAAGCUCAAUAAGAUUCGUAAUGACAAAAAUGAAAAAGUUACAAAGCCUGAGGAGCUUGUCAGAUUAUAUGAUCUCCUGCUACAGAACACAAGUGAUCUUUCUGAUUUGGUUAGUUCUGGAAGAGAUCAAAAUCCUGAAGAAGUGGCAUUUGCUGAGGAAUGUGAACUAAAAAGUUCUGCUUUCCGUGCAGAAAGGUGCUUUUAUUUAGCCAGAUCCUACAGUUUUGCUGGAAAGAGAGCUGAAGCCUAUGCUUUGUUCCGCCAUGCUUGUUCUCUGGCAGAUGCUUCUCUUGAGAAGCUUCAUAGAGCGAGCAAUGCCGAUCAGGUCACCAUCAAUGAAUUGAAAAUGCUUUCUAAUGAUUGUCGAUCCAAUAGUUGCAUAGAGCAUGCAAUUGGAAUUAUGGAGGAGGAGAAAGCUCCAGAAAAUCUAUCGAAGAAGAUUUCGAACAUAUCACUGACAGGAAAUGAUAAGAAGCUCGAGAAACUGCUCAUGGAGAAACUGGAGACAAACGAAUCAGCUGUGGGGGAUCCAACCGGGAAGCUAAUCCCUCGCAUCGAAGCCUUCCCACCCGCCUUCCAAACAGUUCCCGGCAAUCCAAUUGUGCUCGACCUCGCCUACAAUUCAGUCGAUUUCCCACCCCUCGACCACAGGAUGAAGAAGGAAGUUAAGGGAUUCAUGAGCAGGCUCUGGGGAUGAUCUCAGACUCAGAAUCCAUCGGCGAUCGAGCAUCUUAUUGGUACAAUUCUGUGCUUUGAAACUGUCAGAAAAAUUUUAAUUUAAAUCUUCGAAAUUUUUACCCUCUAAGAUGGGUAUCGUAUAAUUUCUUGAUGCAUAUUUUACUGUUGUGGAUUGUCUUAAAUUGGACCGUUAACUAUUAGUUUGUGUUUGUUCGUGUUCUACCUUUGAAUUUUUUUUGAAUAGAAAAUAGUCUAUUGCGGUUAUAUUUAAAUUUGGAAUGAAGACUAGUAGUUGGUAUUUUAAUUUAUUAAUUCUUUUAUUGUAA